AUGAAAGUAGUGGAGAAGAAGAGAAUGAUACAGGUUCAAAACCGCACGAACCGAGUCAUGACCGAGCGGCUGAUGCUCCUAAAGAUGGACCAUCCGGGGAUUGUGCGGAUGCACUUUGCCUUCCAGGACGCUUGGUCCCUGUACUUUGGUCUGGAACUUGUUCUGGGUGGUGACCUUGCCACUCAAAUUGAUCGGAUGGGCACGUGCUCCCGGGAGUUCACGCGCUUCUACACAGCAGAGAUCGUCAGUAUUUUGGGGUACCUCCGCCUUCAGCGAGUGGCGCAUCGAGAUCUCAAACCAGAAAACUUGCUUUUGACAUCGGAAGGUCGACUCAAGCUGGUGGAUUUCGAUGCUGCAAUGCUUGUGCCAUACGAGGGCGAGGGUGAUGCAGCGGGUGGGCGCACUGACAAUGGAGGAGGCUUCCCCCCAUGCGAAAGUUUUGUGGGAACUGCACUGUAUGUUGCUCCAGAAGUCCUCCUCAGCACUGCGGAUCCAUCUCAGGCCUUUGCCUUAGACCUGUGGGCCUUGGGAUGCAUUGUGUACCUGAUGUUAGUGGGGCACACACCUUUUCAUGCAGAGUCUGAGUACCUAGUGUUUCAGCGCGUUCAGAAGGUUGACUAUUCCUUUCCUCCUCAGCUCUGCAAGCAGGGAAAGCAGCUCAUCGAGGGGCUCCUGCAGCUGGCGCCGCAGAAUCGCACCGGUGCAGGCCACAAGGGUAUGGUUGAGCUGGAACAUCAUGAUUAUUUCAGCCCCGAUACUUUCGGCGACAUUCGCAGGCAAGCUCCUCCUUCAAGACUGGCGCGCCUCAUGCCUCGGCGAAGACCGGAGGAGUUGGUGCCACCUCAGUGCUUAGUCAGCGGACCGCCCGAUGCUGAUCUGAGCGCCACCUCGCAGGCAGAAGCUGCCGGCCUGUCAGCAGAGCUUCUGACAGAGGUUCGAUGGCUGACCCAUUUGGCCACCACUCAGGAUGAAAGGGCGACUGAGGAUGACUGGAGAUUGUUGGCACUUUUGCUCCGCUCCGCUGGAUUUAACAAGGCCUUGUCUCCCUUGGCACCACGGGCACAAUUGGACGCGCUGUCCUUCCUUCAAAUUGACUGCAAAGCAGCUGGUCAGUUGCUGGCAUCCCAGUCUGUUGAUCUUCAUCCCGCGACCAAUUCUGGUCCAGAUGCGGCAGGUUUGGUACUUCACGGCUCACUGCAGCUCCUCGGAGCGGCACCUGGACAGGCAUCGGGCAAUCGGGCAUUGGCUCCCGUACACGAAUGCCCUGAUGUGCGAAAAUGUUUCAUGGUGAUGAUCUUGGUGCUGUGCGAAAAAGUCAGGACGUUGCGAACGGCGGCCAUAGCCAUUGAAGAGCGCCGAGCAACGCGGCGGCGUGACGCGGCUGAGGCGAUUCGAAGCUACUUGGCGUCCUCGCUGCAGAUCAUCAUUGUACUUUGCCACGUUUUUGCCAUGAAUUUCUGCAGCAAAGGCCUGGUGAAGUCUGGAACCUCCCCGGAUGGCUUCCGCAUUCUCUUGCAUGGGACGGCGGCGGUGUCAACUUGUGAAGGCAACAGAUGCUUGCCAUUGCGCUGCAUCGAGGCGUGGUUCUGCGAGGAUGAGCCAUUGGAGCCUUGGGAGCUGUGUCUAACUUCCUCUGCGGGUUUCCGCCGGCCUCGAGAUAUCGUGGCUCUGAGUGAGUCCUGUGAUGUUAUUUUCCUGCCGCGUGCGGAGAGCGGUGUGAUCUGCGAUGCGCUCAGAGACGGCUCCGAGCUCCGCCGAGCUGCGUUGAAAGCGCUGGUGGUGAAGUCACGCUCUGAAGAUGAGGCCAUUCAGCCACGCAGUGCCUUGCUCUGCGACUGCCCUCUGUUGCAGGCCCAAGACAACUAUUGGCGCUCCCUGGCGCGCAAGCGCAGAUCGGAAGCCAUGGAGAAGAUGCAGCUGUCGCUUGGCUAUGUUUGCCACGAAGAUGGCGUCAGAUUCAGCACUCGCGGUUCUCUUCUGUUUGCCAGGGCAGAUGCGAAGUUGCCAUCGCCCAGCGCAAGCUUAGCCAGGCAGAUUCCUCCCAUGGAUGGGAUCGAUCUGCCGGCGGCAGCCAGUUGUCGCGCAGCAGCAGCCGGGCAGGCCAUGAUCAGUUGGCACGAGAGUCACCACCAGGUGACAUUGACCAUCCACCCACACACAGCCGUUCUGGUCGUGCACAGCAGAGCGGCUCUCUUCCAGGUAAUCGGGGAGAUGGCAGCCCAGAGCUGGGCUGAAGAGUUGGCAGGGGCGCUCGUGGAAGGUCUUCUGGCCCUUUCGCCCAGCAUCAGCAACUCAUCGCUACGAUUGCUGCCACGACGUGGCCGACGCGAACUCUGCCGACAGACCGAGCUCUGGCGUACGGCACGAGGAGAAGUGCUCAGAGGAGAGAGAAGCGAGAAUGUGAUGGUAAUCCUCAGAGGUCAAGUUGGUGUCCUGGAGAAGGAUCCAGAGCUUGACGACCUUCCACCCGCGAUUCUGCAGGGUCUAGGGGCAACAGCGGCACGUCUCUUCCGGUCAGCGGAUGUUCCAGUGACGGAACAGGUUCAAACCUGGCUUCAAACGAUCUCCAGUGAAGAGGCAAUGGGCUCCAGCAUGCCGCUGGUUGAUGGUGCGGACAGCAGCCAGAGAGACCUGGCCGCAUCACUCCUUGAGACCAUGAUCUACCGCUACAAGGAGAUCUUCCCGCCUUCACAGCAUGGCAUACCGCAAUUCCUCAAGUCGGCGUUCCUGGAUCAGACAUUCCUGGGCGACAAUGCUUAUUGGGUAGUCAAGGACCAGGGGGGACUGCACAAAGACGGCAGUGAAGGCCAGUCCUCUCGGCCAUGGGCAGACUCGCUGGUGGUGCAAAUGGACACAUUCCGGAAGGGUAAGGCAAAGUAUUUGGACAUAUCUGCUGCUGGGCAUCUCCGGCAAGUUCUUUCGCCUGGCGAUCUGCUUUUGGGCGCUGGCCAACAAACCUUGGUGGCCAUCGAGCCGCGAACAGAUAUUCUGAUGAUGGACCCCUCCGCCUUGUCUACCUGGCUGGAAGAGAUCGCAGCAGACACCUUCUUUGCUCCUGCGCUAGCGGACGGACUACAAAAGCGAGCAGGUUCGCAGCUGGCUGCCAAGGACUUCGCGCAACUCUCGCAGCUGUUGUUGCGCUACGAGAUCUUUGAGAACUUGGAGAACCGCUCUCUGCGGGAUAUUUGCCGGUCAACCCAGUUCGUAUGCAUCGACCAGGGGGAACUCAUUUGCCAAGCUGGGCAAAAGUCUAGCGCCUUCAUCCAGAUCCUUUCAGGCAGCGCGGUGGCAAUACUGCCAAGCGGUGAGCAGCAGCAGCUGCCACAGGGCAGUGCGAUUGGCGAAGACGUGCUGCUGGGCUUGCAGGAGCAUUGGCCCUUCAGCCUCCGUGCAGACACUGACGUGAAACUGGCAUGGCUGCAAGCCUCGGCCUUCAAGGAGGCCUCCAUGGACCUUUCUGGUGAGGCAGCAGCCCGCCGCCGUGUGCUCGAGGCCCUUGGCAACAGGCCAACAGAUCUGAGCGAUCAGGAUCCGGAGCUGCUUCAUUCGGUGUUCAAGGUUCCUGUACUGCAGCAGUUAGAUUACGACCAGCGCUUGGAGGUGGCAAAGGAGGCCACGCUGCAUCGCAUCAGCAAAGGAGGAACUGUUGAUCUGCCAAAGGGCGACUCCCUUCCGUUCUUCGUGGUGCUGAAGGGUGUCGUGGGCCGCUAUGAAGCAGAUGUGACAGCAUCUCCUACAUCUGUUGCAGAGGAAUCACAAGAAGCAUCAUGCGAGCAGGAGGAUACGCUACGCGCCCAGGAGGAGCAGCGUGAGAAGUUGCGGUUGGAGAAGGACACGGCCGAGCUGACAGAAUUGCAGCAGAGGUUGCGCUUGCGACCUCUGGAUGUUAGCUUGCAGGACCGGCUUCGGUACCACUCCCUGAAGAUCCAAGUUGACCAGCUCAGGGAAGAGCUCGCGAAUCAGGAUGCCCAGGUUGGACUUCAGGAGGUUCUGGCACACCAAGAGCCAGAUGUGGAGCCCAUCGAACAGCCACCACAGUCGAGUGUGCCCAGUCGGGAGUCUUUCGCUGCGCCAAUACUGCAACAGGCUGCAAACAUGUCAGCUGCGCGGCACUCUGGCGUGUUCCUCACUAUGAUAAAUCCAGGUGAUGCAGAUGCUGCAAGUGUGACCAGCGAGACUGCAGAAGACAUGAACGACGUCCUGGCAGAGUUUGCAGAGGGCGACUUCUUUGGUGGUUGGUUCACGAGUGUCGGACCAUCUCUGUACCGAGCCCACAAGGACUCUGUUCUUCUCAGCAUUUCGGAGGCAGCUUGGAAUGAUGCCCUCCAGCGCUGCGCAGUGAUCCGUCGUGCUGCCCGAGGCAAGCUACUUCGUGAAAGCUUUGCAUGCGACGAUGAGACCGCCGAGAAGCUGCUGCCACUUUUCAAAGAGGAGACCCGCCGGAAGGGAUGUGUUCUGGUGAAGGCUGGGCAGGUGAGCUCGUCACUGUGGCUGAUUGCAGGCGGCCGGUGCUCCCAGGCAGCAGCAGCACCAAAGCCCAUCCACGAGGAGUGGCCUGCGAACGAAGAGAAUCAAACGGGAAAGCGAGUUGGCACGCCAAAGACCAAAAGGAGGUUCUUUAGCUCCACGGUGGAGCUGGGUUUGUUGGAGGCAGGCCAGUUGGUGGGAUUGACUUCAGUUGCCCUUCAGCAGCCUGAACCACUCACGGUGACUACGGCAUCACCAGAGGUGAAGCUGCUGCGAGCCGACAAUUUGCCACAGGCAAAGCUCACGCCAAAGGUCCUGGAGGCUCUUCGAUCAGCUCUACGAGCGAAGGCGACUUGGCUGGGACAGAGGCUUGAGAGCCUGUCUGAGCUACCAGCCAAGCUGAGCCGCAAGGCGGAGAAGAUGCAUGCCGAACUGGAGCGAGCAAAGACACUUGGCCUUGCACUUGCACUGCUUUUCCCUGUCCUGUCCUGGGUCCGGGAAUCCUCAUAUCCAAAACAUCCACCGGACUUGGACUUCAGGCCUCAGCAGAGAUGCACAGAGGAUGCCGCAGCAGCGCUGAAGGAGCAUGCUCUUCCACGACAGCGGCCAGAAAGGCAACUUAGCUUCCCUGGCCGAAACCUCCACGGCGUGGCUGCAGGCGGUGGGUUGGCAGCAAAGGAGGCCUUCAAGUACAACCGCGAGAACUUUCUGUGGGAUCGCACUCUGCGCCGGCGAAAAGAGUUUCAGAUACAAAGCUUUCGUGUUGACCAAGCAGAGCUUUGGCGGAAAGAUGUUCGCGAUCUCAUCUCUCUGACAGAAUACAAGAUGCAUGUCUACCUGCUCGUCAACGUGCUUCUUCUGGGAAUCACUGUCGCCCUCUGGUGUCAGGGCAAGCUGCCCCACACAACCCCAGUGUGGCUUAUGACGGGGAGUGCUUUGGCAAUGGCCGGCUCGUUUUCCUUUAUCUUGCUCUCCAUUUGGAUGGCCAUGCACGCUGCAAUAUCAGCGCAGAGCUUCGAGACGCGGCUGCUGACGCAGAUGGUGCGACUGCCCAUUCCAACCUGGCAGGAGAUUGAGGCCUGUCGAACCUAUGCCUCUGAGUUUGAACGGCUAGAGGCAAAGCAGAUGUUCCGAAUUCCCUUCGCCAUGGGAGCACAGGAAAGUCUAGCUGAAGAAACAGAAGAAGCCGAGCAGGACGCUGGGCCCAGAGUGGACACACCAGCCUCGUCACGGCUCGGAGAGGUGAAUCGCCACGUGGAUCCUUGGGGCCUUGAGGGCUCGGGCUCUGACAUCCCUGAGCUUGGGUGCAAGAUGGGUCACAGUGUACAAAAGCUUCGCCACGUGAAAUUGGCUCGACAAGCGAUGGUAUUCUGGCAGAGCUACGACGCAUUUGCGCGCAUUUGCAUGAGCAUUGGCGUGAAUCAGCUGCUCAAUGCCGCAAGCUACUUCAUCCUGGCCUAUUACAUGUCGGAGGUGAAGGUCCCAUCCUCUGCCACAUAUGGUGUUGUGGUGCUCACAACGAUGGCCGAAACUCUCAAUCGUCUCGAUAUGUCUUUAACAUGGUGGCAACUGCGACUCAUGCAGUUGUUUUUAUAUCUGGGACCUGCAAUUGCCACGCUAGCCGGGUGGGCAUAUGUCGAGGAUGGCCAUGACAGGCAGGCCGAGGGGCUGGUCGUCUGUGCCUUCCUGGCACAUGCCCUGUAUCUAACCACCAUGAACACGCUCUGCCGCAUGCACAUGGAGCACAACGGCGCCCGGCUGCCCGCGGCCUUCAGAUCCGUUCUGUACCUGGACGUAUUCGGUUGGACCUCCGCCGCGCAGGCUCAGGCGAAUCGUCAGUCCAUCAGUCACGAUGCCUCUGAAUCGCACGCAGCCUUCAGCGAGGCGGGAAGCGAUCGCCUGCCACCGUCUGCAGCGGCGAAAGCGGCAGGCAAGCCAGCCACAGGAAUGGUCGAGUACGCCGAGACGGGUCAACCGAGGGUCCACCGCCCAGAGGAGAUGUCUGCCCCAACGGAUUACUCCAACACGGAAGGGGCCCCCCAUCCGCAGACUUUCCAGGAUUUGGUGGAGGGGGAUGUAUCUGAGUUCUACAACGCUCGCAGCUGGUUGAGCACUACAAGCAACCUCCCGGAAGACUCCGGAGUCGUGACUGGCUGCGAGCGGUCAGCACCAAUUGUUCUACCGCAGCAGACCUUCUCGUUUGCGAUGAACAUGCUUUGCUUCCUGUGGCUGUCAGCAGCGCUCUACUAUGCCAUGGAUGCUGCCCACGUCUUGAAGAGGACGUCUGCAACUUAUUCCCACAGCGAGAAUGAGACGCUACUGCUGCAGCGCUCCGCGUUUAUGCCUCCGUGGACGCUUUCAUUCUUCGAGAGCGGUCCAGGAGAAGAGCACCUGACCGGCAAGGACAUGUUAAGUGUCUCAUGGCCCUAUGAAAAUGUUCUGCCUCAAGGGCUGGCCUGCGAUGCAGCAGGCCAACUCUUUCUGGUCUCAGAUGGCCUGAUGCUGUUCAGUGCUGCCGUGCAGAAUCAUUCGACUCAAGUGCCACCAUCAGCAGUAUUCGAUGAGGCCCCAUGCCCACCAGUGCUCGGCGAAGGACUUGUCGAUGUGGCUGUGGACUGUGCUAGUGGCCGAUGCGAGGCUUUGGUCCUUCACAGUCACGGAAAGCGCCUCAGCUCCUGCCGACUUGGCAGCGAAGAGUUGCCAGGUAGCUACCGCGCAGAUGUUUCGGAUUCCUGGCUGGAGGAGCUCCGUGUGGGUGCGGAUGCUGACAGCGGACAGCCCCAUGCACGAGUUGAGAAGGCUGUGACUUUGACCGCUGACUCCUGGUGUAAAGGUCAUAGCGCGUGGGCUGGCUGUGUGCUUCUUGGCACUUCACGCGGGCGUGUGGUCCGCCUUGCCGAGAAAGCUGGCCGCUCUGGCCGAGUGGCGCCUGUGCAGGCGCUCGUUGAAAGAGAGGAAAACUAUUGGUUGCCAGGGGCUGUGAGAGCUCUUGGUGAUCAUCACUUUGCAGUUCUGGCGGAAAACGGUACAAGGCUCCACGUUCAUAGAAAGUCCGAUGGGCACCUUGCCGGGAACCUCACCCUGGAUGCAGCAGCCAGCGGUUUUUGCGCUGGCGGCGGGCAUCUUUACUUUCUGGAAGCCGGGCCUAGUCCCCGAAUUUGGCGCCUGCCUCUGCCGCGGACUCUUGGCGGCGCAGCCGCAGUGCAAGGAGUCCAAGCGCCGCUGUGA